CAAAGACCCACAGAAAAAUGGGGUAGUUGAACGAAAGAACAUGAUUCUUGUUUAAGCUGCUUAAACCAUGUUUAUUCACUCCAAACUUCCACAUUUUCUCUGGGCUAAAGCUAUCAACACUCCAUGCUUCACUCUGAACAGGACCUCUAUUCAUAAAAGGUUUGGAUAGACUACGUAUGAGCUGAUCAAUCGUCGUACCCCCAAUGUUUCAUUUAUGAGAGUAUUUGGGUGCAAGUGUCUCGUUCCUACUGACAAAGAAGAUCGGAGCAAACUUGACCUGAAAGCAUUUGAAGGCGUGUUCAUUGGCUACUCACCUUCCUCCAAAUCAUACCGCGUUUAGAUCAGAGACAGAAAGAAAGUCAUAGAAAGCGUCAAUGUGACAUUUGAUGAGAAGGAAGAACAGGCUUCUGGACAUCUCCGUUUAGAGCCCACUAUCACUGGAGUUUUAGCACAGUUACCAUCUACAUCUCCUUCAUCAAACUCAAACACUAUGGAUCUUCACGUGCUGUUUGGCCAAAUCUAUGAGAACCUACACAUUCAUGACCCAUCUUCUCCACCACCAACACCAUUUACUGUUACAACAUCUACAUCUACAACAACAAGUGAAAUUGCGCCAUCAAGUGAGAACACACCACCAGAAACUAUUGAACCCUCCUCUUCGUCCACUCCUAAAAUAGAUACACAUUAUGUUGAUCAGCAACCCAACAACACAACUCAGUCACACUCUCACGUCAGAAAAUGGACCCGCGCUCAUACACCUGAUCUUAUACUUGGCGAUCCAUCAAGUGGACAUUGCACCAGAUCAACUAUAGAGAAUUGAAUGAGUGUUUGUUUUCUUACUUCCUAAAUCACACUAAUAAAAAAAACAAGCUUACAGUGACACUUUUGUAGUGACACUUUUAUGAUAGAAUACUACCAAUGACAUAGAAGUUUCACUAAUUUCUAACAAAAAAAAUUCACUAUCAAAUAGUGACACUUAAUGGGUCAGGUGAGCUUUAAGAUUUUUUAACUUAGCUAACACUUGGGUUUUUUGCAUUACACUUCAGGUUUUUCAUAUCUCACUAAAAUAUUUUUCCAGCGAUCUGUUCAUUCUUCCAGAGCUAGAGCCGCACAAAUGUAACCCUACCUUCAACAGAGUCGAUUUUCAUCUUUGUCUUACUCUGCCACCGUACUCGUCGCUAAUAUUCUUCUCAACUGGCCGAUUCUUCAUCUAGAGCUAGAGCAUGUACUCUGUCACCUGAGUUCGAUCAAUUUAGUCCAGAGCACCCUUCAACAGUUCCAUCGAUUUAGUCUGUCGCAGUACUCUGUCUCCGUACUCUGCCUCCGUACUACGCCCGACCCGCCUUAUCACUACUAGAUUUUUCUAUAUUUUUUGCUACCUCUUUGCCACGGUCGUCAAGAAACCACAACAAAUAGUCUAUAUUUUUGAGUUAUUUGUUGCGGUUCGAAUGAAACCGCAUCAAAUAGGGAAUUUAUUUGGGAGUAUUUGCGGCGUUUGUUGUUUAACCGCAGCAAUUAAAUAAUAAUUUAGAAGUUUUUGCUUCGGUCACGGUAGAACCACAACAACUAAUUUAUACGUAGUAGUUUUUAAAUAUCUGCUCUGGGGAUAGCUAAACCACAACAAUAGUAUAGACAAAGGGAUCGGGAAUGAGUGUCUCCUUUCUCGAGCGGUGGUCGCACAGUCAGAUCCAAAUCCCAAGCCCUCUCAGCCGCCACUCGUCCAUCAUCUGCCUCCGCUGCUCACUGGACGUCUGCCUCCGCCGCUCGCUCGACGUCUGCCUCCGCCGCUCGCUCGACGUCUGCCUCCGCCAUUCGCUCGAUGCCUGCCACCGUUGCUCGACGCCUCCCUCUACACAUCUCGCCCACCGCCUCCCACUGCACAUAUCGCACAACGGCCUUCUUCUGGAUUUCGAUCCUUGUUAUCGCCAGAUAUCACUCUCAUCGCCGGCUAUGUCAUCUUGUUCUUAGAUCCGGCAAACGAAGGCCAACUUUCAAUGAACUGCGUUUGAACAGAUCCGGUAAGCCUCAUACUGUUUUCUUUGCUAUACUUACUUGAUAUAUUGUUUUUCACAGUUUAUACUUAAGUUUCGUACAUAUUCACUGUAAUUUAGUAAAUUUUUCAAUACUUAUUGUUUUUUUGAUAUUGCUUCCUAUAUGUCUUGAUGCGGACUCAACCUCGUUCGAACCUAUUUAUAUUUACACUCCACUAAUCCUCAAGAAUUGAAGAUUGUUUCGAAUAAGAUAAGUACUCACUCAAUCAUCAAUUGAUUUUUUUUCAAAUGUUAAGAUGCAUUUUAAUCUAACAGAUGUGCAGUGAUUUUCAGACGUGUUUGUGGUAAAAGAGCAAUAUCUAUAUCACACGGUCAAGGCUAACACUAGGGUUCCAUACAGAACUUCAAAGGUGGUUUUAUUUUUCAAGAGCGUUGACUAUUUUGUUGUUGACUAUGUUGAAUUAUAAACAUCUUACUUGAUUGGAAUAAAUACUUUGUUUUACAAUGGAUUGUGCCUAUUAUUUGUUAUUCUACCGAUUCCACAGGUCAAGGAGGAUUUGCAAAUGGGUUAGGACUGUUAGUCUAAAAAACUGUGAUCAUUAAGGACUGUUAGUCUAAAAAACAUUUCGAUCAAUUGACUUAAUUACGGACCGCUAUACUUGAACUUAAUUAAUACUUAACUUUUGCAGUUUGAACUUUAUUUUCGUAAAUAUUCAUUCCAGUUUACUUAAUUUGUUAGAUACUUAUUGUUUAUUUGGUAUUGCCUCAUACAUGUCUUGAUAAGGCCCCAACCUCGAUCGCACUUGUUUAUAUUUACCCUACACGAUUCCUCAAACUCUCAAGAUUGGUUCCAAAAAUAUAAGUACCCUGUCAAGCAUGUAAUGAAUUUUUUUCUGAUAUUAAGAUAAAUUUAGAUCUAAAGAUUGUUAAUGUGUUUUAAGACGUGGUAGUGACCAAGAGCAAGAUUGACGUCACACAGUCAAGGCUAACUGUGGGCAUCCCUACGCCAUUUCAAAGGUACGAAGAUGACUCUACUCAUUUUCACCUCGACUCCACUCGCCUCAAAGAGUGGGGGACUGGGGGACUGAGAGGUCAGAUUUUCUGGAUGAGCAGCAAAUAUCACGCAUGAGCAGGAACGAGAGCUAAGUCAGAUGAAGACAAGUUGAACCAGACAAAAAUGAUUAUGCUGGAAGGGGCCUACCUUCCUUGUUUCAUGUUGGGGGCGCUAGGCGUACUCUUUUUCCCUUUAUUAUGAUUUUUUCCCACAGGGUUUUUUCCUAGUAAAGGUUUUUAACGAGGCACCUCCCCAUCAUGGACAAGGGUGGUGGUCCCCGGCCGGAAAGGGAGAAAUCAAAGACAGAAGAACGUUGCAGAUACAGUUUGGACUACUCCCUUUCGCCUCGAGUACUCUCGACUCAGGGAGUGGGGGACUCCUGAUGAAAUAUAUGGACUCCGACCCCCCGGUCUGCCAACUACUGGGCCUGGACAGCGGCCCACACACGUUUAGCGGAUAUCAUUCAUAUUAUUGUACAUUAUUAUUAUUCAAAUGUUCUAGAUUAGUUUUUUGUACUAUCAGUCCAUUUAUGUAACCGGGUCUGUCAGGCCCAUAUUAGAGGCCCAGACCUGGAUUUUCCCUAUAUAUACUCCUUUAGGAGGCUACACAACUCAUACAACCAAUAUUCAUUCUAUACACUAUUCAUCUUCUU